AUAGAAAAAACUUUGUUUUCCUCUAUGACGCAAUUUCUACCUCGAAAACGUAAGUUAUUUUCUGCCGUAGGCUUGUGCCGGAAAUCACGAGUUAACAAGAUCAACUUAUCAUUGCUGUUUCAUGACUCCAGAAAUGCUUUACCUAGACCACAACAGAUUAAUGGCUUGCGAUCAAAAUUAUAACUGCUCCGACAGAGGAAAUUGUGAAAAUGGGAUAUGUGUAUGCCAAGUGCAAUUUGCAGGUGAAAACUGCACCCAAGUAAAUAUUGGAUAUGCAGCUGCAUUUGGAAGUAUUUUCUCCGUUCUUGCGCUUGUCAGUAUUGCGCAGUUGGUUAUAUGCAUCUACACAGAGUAUAGAAGACUCAAACAUCCAACUUUCAGAUCUGUUUUCCGCGUCACCACGCAAAAACUUCUUCAUGGAUUAGUAAUUGCUGCAUGCAUGACAAGGGUCCUGUUUUUCUCAUUGCAGGGUGUGAUUCCAGAAGAAUGGAUUCCACCCAUGGAGAGUGCUUACCACCCAUUCCUAAUUACUGGGCUGUCAUUAGUGGUCUGCUACUGGAGUGAGGCUUUUUUCAUUGAAACUGCGAGCAUGGAGGCGUCACGUCGCGCACAGUUUCUUUCUAAAUCCCUCGCGGCAUUUUCGGUGUUUAAUGUUUCACUUUACAUUCUCCUUAUCGGUUACUUCGUUGCCACGGGCAUUGGUUGUUACUCAGGACAUAAUCAUGGUGUAUGGAUACAUGGGGCCUUCCAAGCUUCGUUUGCGAUUCUUCUCUUUGCUGUGUAUGUUAUUUUCCUUGCUAUAGGAGUGGAAAUAUUUUUCAAGGUUAAAGGUGCCUUCACCCUCUCCAACAAUGAAGGUCAAUCGAGUUCUUCAGAUGAAUCUGUCAAUCACCGUGAAGUGUUCAAGUCACGCCUUGCAUUAGUAUUCCAGGCUCUACUUACAUUACUCACUGUAUUGUGCGUUGUAUUUGAUGCAGUUGGUAACUUAUGGAAAUAUAAAGUGAAUCCAAGCACCCGUAGUGCACAUGAAGUGAUUUACAGAAUUGCGGAGGUGGGAGCUGUGUUAUGGUUUCCAUGUGUGUUAUGGAACACAGCGACCCCUGAGAAAUUGUGGUUCCUUAACCCAAGGUGCUUGCUUCAGUUACGCAGUGAUGCCGCUGAACAACUCCUAUCAACCCCAACCACAAGCCAGAAAUCUUACAACACUUUCCAGCAGCAAGAGGACAUCACAAUACCAGAAAACAAGGAAAAAAUCACAGGUGAAUGUUGGAUUUGCUAUGAUCCAGACAAUGUGAAUGGUGGAGAUUUUAUUCGACCUUGUUUAUGUAAAGGUGGAAUGGCUGUAGUUCACCAUCAUUGUUUGCGCAAGUGGUUACUUCAACAUCCUAACAUUGAAGAAUCUUGCUGCAAAGUUUGCAAACACAGAUACUCAAUUGAACAACAGAGACUCCGUUUCUUCUCACUGAUUAUGAAAUCAAAACGCACCUCAAUGAUUAUCCCAGCUAUCAUAGUCGCUGUGGCCGCACCAUGCGUAUGCGUUGUUCUAUUCCUACUUUCCAACCCCAUCCAAACUUACUUGAAAGUUCUGGUUCUUGGUUCUACUAUUCUGCUGGAGCUUGCAGCAUUCAAGGUGGUGGGCCUGAAUUUUACCAAGCUUUACCAAGUAACUCGAGAAUCUGCUCUUCGUAUUCUUAACUACAAGACUGAAGAAAUCUCCGAUGUGCAAUUUGACUAUGAUGUCAUAGACGAUACUGUGAUGUCCCAACAUGAAUCAAUUGUGCCAAGCACCACUGAUACUCGAGUGUUAGUACAUGUAACAUAGAAGAACUGAUGUGCAUGGUGUUAUAUACAUAUGUUUUUAUUAUUUGUUACAUAAAUCAUUCUAAAGUUAAAUCAAAGCAGUGUUUUCAGCAAAAAUUGUGUUUUUAGCUCUGCUUAGUUUGUUUUGUAUACUCCUUUUGAUCAGACAAUAAGUUGUGUAGCAUUUGGGUGUCUUUUUCUGUUACUUAGUUUGUUAUGUAGUGAACACUCCAAUAUUUUUCUGCUUAAUAUCCAUGGCAAAAUGUUAGUUUGGUUUUGUUUUUGCCGCCAAUGCCCAUUCUAUUCUAUCUGUUCCUAGCAAACUGCAUAUUCAUUGAUAAAUUUGAACACUCGCUUUAUGUGUUUGGUUUCAUGAUUUUUCCUUGUUUAAAAACAACUCUGCAUUGUAACAAAUUUAGAGCAGGGUUUGCCUACUAUAUACUUUUAAAUUUGAUUAGCUGUUUAAUGAAGUUUAUAGUCCAAAAACUUAUUCUUAGAGUUUUACUAUUUUUAGUAGUUUAUUCUUAGUAUGCACAACAAAAUGUUUUCAUACAUCUCCCAUUGCGAUUGUCUUACAAAUGUAAAUUUAACUCAUGUUAUCUCUCUUUUUGUGUUGCCCAAACAGAUUUUGGUAAAUAUGCUUUACAUUGAACCUAUAUGAAUAUAUGGUAGAUUUACCAGCACUGCUUUUUCUGUACCAACAUAUCAUACAACGGAUCAUAUAUAUCUUAUGCACUCACUAACAGUAUUUGAUUUUGUUUUUCUACUAUGUCAGAAUUCUAUACCAUAUGAUACCUCAACCUUAUAUGUCCUGUAUAUUGAACGCCGUGUCUGUAAAUUGGUCAAACUGUUAUGUUUCAUUAUUAGCUGUCAUGUUACAAUAGUAACAACAGCAUUUGUGAACAACUACACUUUAUUCUGUAUUUACUCGAACUGUUGUUUUUGUGUGGAUUGAAACUUUGCUUGUAAAGCGAAUUAUGUUAUUUUUUUUCUAAUCUGACAAUGUAAUGUCGUUCCCAUUCUAAUCUGCCGCUUUCAAUGCAAAAACAUGUUAACUGUAAUUAUCAUGAAUAAAUAAAUAAAUAACAAUUACAAUUGCGGUAGUGUAUUUGUCCUUUAAUUGUUUGUCUAAAAACAAAAACCAUGAUUUUAAUCUCUUUAAUUCAGGUAUUAGCGCAAUGCAUUCAAGCGUGACGGGGAGGAAACAAAAAUGCACGCAAUUCAUGUACGUCGGUGACGUAAUCUUAGAGGAAGUUUUCAACACAUGGGACUAUACAAAGAAAACGGGAAAAAUUUUCCGCUAGAGUCGGUAAUUAUUUAAAUUGAAAAAUACG